GCAACAAGUCUCUAAACAAGAGUCAUUGUGAUCCUUGAGGAAAAUGACUACAUAUAAAUGUAAAUAUACACCAGGAAACAUUUGCCAAUAACCAAGGCACGGCAAAAACCAUGCUGCCACGUGAGGCGCCAAAGGGUUUAGAGACUCAGCAGUUUGCUAACAGUUCCUGAUAAACUGUGAUUAUAAUUUACACAUUUUCUUCCAAAACGCAGACUAAUUUCCCAGCAGGCUAUCUAUAUUUAGAUGUGUGGGGGAAUGUGUGAGAGCACCAGUCACAAUCACCACUGUAGGACCACACUGCUUAGUGGGGCCUAAUGGCGGACUGUGAUGGCUUUGAUGUUUUAGAUAAUGUGCUGUGGUUCCCUGGGGAGCAGAAAGGGGCAAAGACAGACCGACAUUUAAUGACGUGGUUUAGAUAAAAUACCUUCUUGUCAGCAGGUUUCCUAUGGUAUAGCAGCCCUUGGUUGAUGCUGCACAGUGUAGACACGCAACAUAUAGGACAGAGAAUGCCAUGGCAUACAUUCCUUCUCGGGGGGCUAUGUCCAACCUAUACGGUUCCCAAACGCUCUAUAAAGGUCCAAAACGACCCGCCUGUUUUAAAGUGAAAUAAGGCUGCCACCUUGUGGGGGUAUCAGGGACGACACUCCAACUCCUCCACAACAUUGUCCGAAUCAGCUUUUAUUUUUAUAUUUGUCUGCAUUAUUUAAAAAGAUAGAUCGUUAGCGAAGCAUUUCAAUUGGCCAUAUCUUUUAAUGAAUUCUAGUUUAUACUACAAUCAUUUAUUAAUUAUGUGAAAUUGCUCGUGUACGACACAUUCAACUGGAGCGCGCAAGUACGUGAACGAAUCCAGCUGUUUUCCGGCGGCCAAGAUGACGACCAGCACGAGGUACAAGAGCCGAACGCUCAAAUCAGGAGAUGAUAUAGAGGAGAAAGAGUACGUUGGGUUCGCAACCCUUCCCAACCAGGUUCACAGGAAGUCGGUGAAGAAAGGAUUUGACUUCACCCUCAUGGUUGCAGGGGAGUCCGGCCUGGGUAAAUCCACUCUGGUGAACAGCCUGUUUCUAACCGACUUGCACAAGGACAGGAAACUGCUCAAUGCUGAGGAGCGUAUCAGCCAGACAGUGGAGAUCACCAAGUACACCGUCGAUAUCGAGGAGAAGGGCGUCAAGCUGAAGCUCACUAUCGUAGACACACCUGGCUUCGGAGACGCCGUCAACAAUACUGAGUGCUGGAGGCCCAUCACAGACUACAUCGAUCAGCAGUUUGAGCAGUACUUCAGAGACGAGAACGGACUGAACAGGAAGAACAUCCAGGACAGCCGAGUCCACUGCUGUCUCUACUUUAUACCCCCCUUUGGACAUGGGCUGCGCCCGGUCGACGUGGAGUUCAUGAAGGCACUGCAGGACAAGGUCAACGUGGUCCCGCUCAUCUCCAAAGCGGACUGUCUCACGCCCACCGAGAUCCGAAAGCUCAAAGACCGGCUGAGAGAGGAGAUAGACAAGCUGGGGAUCAAGGUCUACCAGUUCCCCGACUGUGACUCCGAUGAAGAGGAGGACUUCAAGCAGAAAGACCGAGAGCUGAAGGAGAGCACUCCUUUUGCCGUGAUCGGCAGCAAUACUGUGGUGGAGGCCCGAGGCCAGAGAGUGAGAGGGAGGCUUUACCCAUGGGGCAUUGUGGAGGUGGAGAACCAGUCCCACUGUGACUUUGUCAAGCUGAGGACCAUGCUAAUCAGGACGCACAUGCAUGACCUGAAGGACAUCACCUGCGACUGUCACUAUGAAAACUACAGAGCCCAGUGCAUCCAGAUCAUGACCAGUAAGAUGAAUGCUGUUAACCGUGUCGAGAGCCCGAUCCCCAUCUUGCCCCUGUCUACUCCGGACGUGGAGACGGAGAAGCUGAUCAAGAUGAAGGAUGAAGAGUUGAGAAGGAUGCAGCAGAUGCUACAGAAGAUGCAGCAGCAAAUGCACGAGCAAGACCUGUGAGGCCUCGACUUCCUCGGCCUCGCGCCCAACCACUGUUUACGUGGGCGGAGCAUCACGGGGCCCAUUCAACACGACCUGCCGUGUGUCAAUUCAUCUCCACCAGGAUGUCGGCGAGUUGACAUUGUCUCCGAUUGCCUGGGAUAACAGGCUUGGUUUCCUGAGAACAAAUAAAUAAUUUGCAUGUCACCUGUUUUUGGUAGAAAAAACCCCACAGGAUAAACCCAGCACAGAACAGGGUCUACAGUUGUUGUUUUUUCUGCUUUUCUGGUGGAUCCAGUCUUCAGCCAAGUAUAGCCAAGCUUUGUAGUAUCUUUGUAGAUUGCACUUUGUUACCUGACACAUCAGUUGUUGUUAGAUUUACUGAAGGGAAAGUGGUUUGUCAUUCAUGUAGAUUUGAGUACUUCCUAUGCACUAUUUGACCUACUAAGUCCCACAGUGAGCUCGUUUAUUUAUUGUACAGUUAAUUUAUUUUCUUUUUGACUGUUUAUUCCAUGGUGUUAGCCUGUGUGUGUGAUGAACAUGGUUGUGUGUAUGUGUGAGAGAGACAGACAUAAAAAAGGGUGUGUUUGUGUCAGCAAAAAUUGUGUCAUUUUUUUGACCAGCGGAAUAGAAGCCAAAGUGAUGACAAUUAGGUUCUACAGGCAUUGUCUCUUUAACGUUCAAGGACUUCCUCUGAGGUGUACUAUUGGUUUAUGAAGCGUUGCACCACAAUCAAUAAUCUUACAAUUUGUUGCAGACAAACCAGUGAUGAAAUCUCAUGUUAUUGGCCAGCUACCAGACAUGAGCAUGGCACACGUGUGAGUAGUGUACAUGGAUGUGAGGUUAUUUUGUCUGUUAAUUAAAAUAUUGUCAGCAUGUUGUUCACGCAGUCGAGGUUACAGACUGACUCACAAUGCUCAUCAAUAAUAAAACCGAUGUUGAGAC